AUGAGCGAGCUUAUGAGUACCAAAACCGAAAUUGGACGGGAAAAUGUUUAUUACGAGAUGGAAUACAAAGGAGAAGACGACGCUGAAACCUAUGAAAAAGUAAUUGUUAAAAAUGAAAGUCCCCAAGAACGACUAAGAGAGAUAAUACAGCCGUAUAAAGUUUCAGGAGAAGUAAAAUCUCGCUACUUCCUUGUUGCUGUGACUGCCAUUGCUGUUGCUUCCUUCUUGACAGCCGCUGCCACCAUGGUUUUAGCCUUUGCAAAAACCGAUUCCCGAAGUGAUGUUUCGACAACUAGAGACUCCAUUGCGUCUUUUUGUGGUAAGCAAAAACUCAUAUUGAUCAUUUCGAGGUGGGAAGAGUUAAUAUACCAUGAUAAUGCGGUGUUGUUAAAUUCCCGAAGUCUUCAGUUCAAAGGGCAUUCAAGCAUAAAAGCUUCAGAAAUAAAGUGCGCUUUCACUGUCCGAGUCACGCCAUGUGAGCGAAGGCGUUAAGUUUUACAUACCUUUAAUCUAUCUGUGACUGCAAACCAAGCUCAUCUUGUUUACUCAUUUUUAUAUUUAUCUAUUUAUCAUUAUAAUUGAAACAAGAAUGAAUGGGGAUAUGCUACAUAACACGCACACGGCUAAAUAAAGUCUAUUUGUUCAAUAUAUAUGCAAAUAUUCAUUAAUUAAUUGAAUUUUUUUAUUUGUUCGUUUAUUUUUCAAUUUAGAAAUGUCAGAAAUUAGCAAAAAUCUACAAGAGUUGAAAAAAAACAUCUCUGCUCUGACAGAAUCCUCGGUAGGAAAAAAAAUUUUUGUAUUUUUAUCAACCUUAAAAAUGUAUUUAUGGUGGUCUCAAAGUCAUUGAGACAACCACUUCUUUCACAAACUAGUAUGUAACCAUGCAUUUUUCUUUUUAAGUUUAUCUUGGUUUUCUCUUGCUUUAUUUCAUUUCCUCUCAUUUUUUAUUGCUGCCAAGACAAAUUGAUCAAAAUAAGGAGUAAAUCCGUAUGUUUACGAAUAAAACUGCAUGAGAAAAUAAAAUGUUGAUGUCUUAAAAUAUAAAAGAACCAAGAGUUAUCUGGCUAUUUUUUUUGCUUUUAUCACCAUCGUAAAUUGUCAUCAUCAGCUCCAACGUCAUUGUCAUUUCUAUCAUUAUUGCUGUAUUAUCUCUGAUUUGCAUCGAGUAUGCCAAGAAGUGUACAUGUGGCCUUGAAGCAUAAGAGAGCGAAAUGGAAAACACUAAACAACUAACCACCAAAGAGAUAACUUAAUCGUGAACACUAAUCCAUUUUUUGGUGCAGCAGGUCUCAAAAAAGUUAAGGGAACUGGAUGCUGCACUAGCUGACGUAAGUUUUCCACUGAGUGCUUGGCAACUGCAUAUAUCUCCCUUCAUUGCAAUUUGAAAAGAGAAACUCUUUCUGCGUGGCUUUGAAAUUGUGGGAUAAUUAAUUAGUCUUCACCAGUUAAUGUCAGUUUUUAUUUCCUUUGCAGGUAAAGAGAGAGUUGGAAAUUACGAAAAAAAAGGUAAGUCUCAGUAAUUUUGAAUGCAAAUAA